AUGCCCAGGCGACGAAGAUUUACUCCUUUGAAAAAUAAAAGAACCCCAAAGAAAGAGGAUGAUCCGAAAGUAGAUCAAGAAGUUACAACUGCCCGUGGUAGACUGAAAGGUGCAUUAAUGGAGAUAUUGGAACCAUCAGCUGGUAUAGACUCUGAUAACUCUUCAGACUAUGUCAAAAAGGACAAGAAGUCAACUAGUAGUGAAUCAUCAUCAGAUGAAGAGGACAGGCUAUAUAGAGCCCCACAACGCCAGUCAUAUGUCCUCAAGCUAUUUGAUAGAAGUGUAGAUCUCUCUCAGUUCUCUGAUGAGACACCCUUGUAUCCAAUAUGCAGGGCAUGGAUUAUCAAUCAACCAAAAUCUGAUUAUAGAAAGAUAAGUAUUCUAAAUAUGGGUGAAAGUAUGAAAGAAGAAAAUGAUUCAGUUCUUGAGUUACCAGACCCUGAUGGCCCAGUCAUCUCCCGUGUUCCAAAUCUUAUUCCUGAACAGGUGUCUGUGAACAAGGACAAUAUUUAUUUGAAUUAUGAACAUACUCUUCCGACUAAAGAUGAAUUACUCUCUACAAACAUGAAAAGAUGGAGCAAAGUGCGUGUCGCAUGGCAAGACCAAUCUCAAUUAGUACAUCAGCGAUACGCUGCCACACAGGAUGUGCUCAAUAAGCUGAAUGUCAAGUAUGUAUAUUAUUCUUGA